AUGUCUUCGUCAGCGCAAAUUGCACCGCCGCUGCAUCCAUUUCAGGCAGCCGCAGUUGCCAACAUCAAGGCCCAAGCUGUCGCGCUUCGGCCAGAUGCAUUGGAAACGAUAUCUCACAUUUGCCGCAUGUCAAACGUGCCAAUAGAGACCCUCGACGAUGUCCGACAAGCUAUUGCGCAACAUGCUCGUAUUGCACUGCAUUUUCAUCCAGAUCGCCCAUCUCUCAGCGGGCACACAGUCGUUGAAGCCCUACUAGAAGAUGGCAGAUACAAAAACCAGUUCGAGACUGGCAUCUCGAAUGGCUUAUUAGCAACACAGCUGGGUGGUCUCCGCGAUGACUGGGAGCGCAGCCUUUUCAGUGGUGCCUAUCAUGGGUCCAGCGUUCCAGAAACCGCAGAGAAUGCCUUCAAUCCGGCACUACGGCCCAAAUAUGGAGCUCUAGAUCUCGUGCGUAACUCUGACGGCCCUGCUCCACGAUUCGGCUCCUGCUAUUUCUUGCUUCGGCCAGAAGUGUCAUCUCGGUCAACGUUUACAUACGGUGGAUCGCAAGCGGCUCCAAAAGAUGUGGGGACGGUUGAUGAGUUCGACGCAAUACUGGCUGCUUUACUGGAAGAAUGCUUCACAAGAGAUACUGCUCUGGGCGUAAACAACGUGAGGCCAAGGGGAAUGCUAGAGCUUAUCAAGGGGUUGAGCAAGUCGACCCUUGUAGAAGCUGAUUACAAGAGGCUGCCAAGUCGAAAUCUGGAUCACUUAAUCGAGGCGCAGAUCCACGGCGACGUUCUUCUCUCGCGAGAUGUCGAAGCUCUCGUUGUGGAUCCAUCUUUCUUUCUUCGUGGCGAUACUGGGUCCCUUCUUGAAGCCCUCGGCGAAACAUAUGGGUUUCCACUCUUUUCCCAUCACGGAUUCGAAAUGCAAGCAGAGAGCUGUCCGGGCGAUUUCCGAGGACCAACAAUGCCGUCUCUGGCUGCAAGGGUUGCUUACCAAGGAAAAGUUGACGUGCAGGCAAUUGGCGAGAGUGUGAGAAAUCUAGUGGCUGAUGCAGAACAAUGGGCAGAUAGGGGAACUGUUGCAGAAGUUUUACAAGAGCUUAAACUGCUAUGGCAUGUGUUAGUUCGUUAUGGUUAA